AUGUCUUUUCGCAUGCCUUACGCUCAACCAAUUUUAACCCUUGUCUACAAUAAAAAAUGCAAUAGUUCAAACAGAGCACUCUCAAUCCUUUAUGAUGCGCUAAAGAAACAUCCCGGCGUAUUCAAACUUGAUAUCCUCGACUAUAAGAAACAACCGCCAACAAAAGAUCAACUCCGGAACAUUACCGAGUACCUUGGCGUUGGAAAAGAUUUUAGCACGAUCCUUAGGAAAGAUGCGUCCGCCGACGCAGAAACGCUCAAUAGUGUUGAUGAGUUGGAAGAAGCCAUCAGAAGGCGACCGGAAAUAUUGCAAAGACCUAUUUUGGUGGAUUGGGAUAAGGGUAAGGCGAUUGUCGCUCGUCCGCCAGAAAAGGUUGGCGAUUUUUUGAAGGAGAUGGGAUACUGGAAGGAGGGAGAGGAAGAACACAUUUAG